UCAGCCGCCCGGAAUUCCGUGUGCUCGGGCUCCGACGCCUGGAGAAGGCAGCGUCCACACCCAGGACCGCCGACUUUCCGGAGCAGGGUUGCCAGAGACCCCGGCGCCGGUGGGGGCGCACAGCCUCGCAGGAUGGCCAUAGGAAUUUUUGCAAAUUGUAUCUUCUAUUUGAAAGUCAAGCACUUACCUCGUCAUCUGAAGAAAAAGCUACAAACUGACAUUAAGGAAAAUGGUGGAAAGUUUACCCUGUUGUUAAAUCCUCAGUGCACACAUGUAAUCUUAGACAGUACUGAUGUUCUCAGUCAUCAUCUACUAAACUCUGUCCAAAAGAACCAUAUCCAUAUUACAAACCCAGAUUUUGUAUGGGAAUCUGUCAGAGAAAGGAGACUCCUGGAUGUGAAGAAUUAUGAUCCCGACAAGUCACUGGACACCAUACAACCUCCUGGUCAAGAGGAAAGCCAUUCUGAAGUGAAAACAAAUGAUCUGUCCUGGGACAAUUCCAUAGAAGAGGAUGACAUGGUGGAACUCACUAAGUUUCAUACAGAAGAUGUUGAAAUCCCUGAUUUUGCUCGGGAUUUUGAAGUUGCAAAAUAUAACAUCUUGGAAAAGAUUGUGGCAGAGGGUAGUAAGGAGACUGCGGUCCUGGAGCUGCUCUGCUCCCGGAACCCUGCGGACCCUGCCUUCCUGAUCUCUGCACACUUCCUCCUGGCCGAUGACAUUGAGACUAGAAGGCAGUUUGCUGUAAAAAAAACCUCUGCAGAUGCAAGUGAAUACUAUGAAAAUUACAUUGAAGUGCUAAAGAAACAAGGAUUUCUUCUAAAAGAACACUUUACACCUAAAGCAACCCAAUUAGCCUCUGAGAAGUUGCAAGCAUUGCUUUUGGAGGAGGUAAUAAGUUCAAACACUCUGAACCAAGAGGAGAGCGAUUUGGUGGAGAUGAUUUGGGCAGAAGCUCUUGGUCACUUGGAACACACACUCCUUAACCCUGUGAACAGCAUUAGUCUUAAUGAUGUGAGCAAGGCAGAGGCAAUUCUCCUUCUAGCAAAGAUAGCACUAAAAAAUGGAGAAACAGAAGAAAAAUUACAAAAGAUCAUGACUGAAUUCUACAGAUUGAUACCUCACAAAGGUCCAAAAGUUGAAGAAGUUAACCUGAGACUGUUAGCUAAGAAGGAGGAUCUCUGCCAGCUAAUAAGAGACAUGGUUAAUGUGUUUGAAACGAAUUUGUCCAAACCCAACCCACCAUCUCUUGCCAAAUACCGUGCUUUGAGAUGCAAAAUUGAGCAUGUUAACCAGAACACUGAAGAAUUUUUCAGGGUUAGAAAGCAAGUUUUGCAGAAUAAUCACAGUAAAAGUCCAGUGGAUAUCCUGGGGAUAUUUAGAGUUGGACGAGUAAAUGAAACCAUAGAGUUUUUGAGCCAGCUUGGCAAUGUGAAGUCCCUGUUGCAUGGAUCUCCUGUACGAAGCUUUGUAGGAAUCCUAUCCCGUGGGUUGCUUUUACCCAAAACAGUUGAAGAUCGUGGUGUGAAAAGAACAGACAUUGGAAAUCUUGGGAGUGGAAUGUAUUUCAGUGAUUCAUUCAGUGCAAGUAUUAAGUACUCACACCCAGGAGAGAUAGAUGGCAGUAGACUCUUGGUCAUCUGUGAUGUAAGCCUCGGGAAGUGCAUGGACUUACACAAGAAAGACAUUUCCUUGAUAGAAGCACCCCUGGGUUAUGACAGUGUGCAUGGGGUUCGAGGAACAGCCACAAUCACCACAGACUUUGAGGAUGAUGAAUUUGUUGUAUAUAAAACUAAUCAGGUUAAAAUGAAAUAUAUAGUUAAAUUUUGUGUACCUGGAGAUGAAAUAAAGUACUUUGACCCUUGUAAUAAUACUGAAUUAGAAGAAUACAGACCUGAGUCUUCAAGUUUUUCAGAGGUUGAAGAUUAUCAGUUAUCAGACAGCAAACCUGACAGCGACAUUAAGGCCGGCCUUCGGGACACUUCUGGGAACUUGGUUCCUCUUGAGGAUGUUCACAUCAAGGGAAAAAUAAUAGACUUUGUAGCCCAGGUCAUUGUUUUUCAGACAUACACAAAUCACAGUCACAUACCCAUUGAGGCAAAAUAUAUUUUUCCUUUGGAUGACAAGGCAGCUGUGUGUGGUUUUGAAGCAUUCAUCAAUGGGAAGCAUGUAGUAGGAGAGAUUAAAGAGAAGGAAGAAGCCCAGCGAGAAUACCAACAAGCAAUCAGUCAAGGCCAUGGCGCAUACUUGAUGGAUCAGGAUGUACCGGAUGUUUUUACUGUAAGUGUUGGAAACUUACCCCCCAAGGCAAAGGUUCUUAUCAAAAUCACCUACAUCACAGAACUCAGCAUGCGAGGCACUGUUGCUGUCUUCUUCAUGCCAGCCACGGUAGCGCCCUGGCAACAGGAUAAAGCUUUGAAUGAAAAUCUUCAGGAUACAGUAGAGAAGAUUUGUAUAAAGGAAAUAGGAAAAGAGCAAAGCUUCUCUUUGAGCAUGUCUAUUGAGAUGCCAUAUAUGAUUGAAUUCAUUUCUAGUGAUACACAUGAACUGAAGCAAAAGAGAACAGACUGCAAGGCUGUCAUCAGCACUGUGGAUGGUAGCUGCUUAGACAGCAGUGGAUUUUCUCUCUCAAUCGGUUUGUGUGAUGCCUAUCUCCCAAGAAUGUGGGUUGAAAAACAUCCAGAUAAAGAAAGUGAGGCCUGCAUGCUUGUCUUUCAACCAGAUCUUGAUGUCAUGCUCCCUGAUGUGGUAGAGCAGAAUGAAGUGAUUAUUUGUCUCGAUUGCUCCAAUUCAAUGGAGGGUGUGACGUUCUUGCAAGCUAAGAGAAUUGCCUUACAUGCACUGUCAUUGGUGGGUAAGAAAGAGAAGAUAAACAUUGUCAAGUUUGGCACAGGUUACAAGGAGUUAUUUUCAUAUCCUAAGUACAUCACAAGCAAUAAUAUACCAGCUGAGUUCAUUAUGUCAGCUACACCUACCAUGGGGAAUACAGACUUCUGGAAAACACUCCGAUAUUUGAACUUACUGUACCCCUCUCAAGGGUUUCGAAACAUCCUCCUUAUAUCCGAUGGGCACCUGCAGAACAUGGGCCUGAGCCUGCAGCUCGUGAGGAGAAACGUGCACCACACCAGGCUGUUCUGCUGUGGGACUGGUUCUACAGCAAAUCAUCACAUCUUAAGGACAUUGUCCCAGUGUGGUGCUGGAGUAUUUGAAUAUUUUAACUCAAAAUCCAAACACAGUUGGAAAAAACAGAUAGAAGACCAAAUAACUAGGUUACGAUCUCCAAGUUGUCACUCUGUCUCCAUCAAAUGGCAACAGCUAAGCACAGAUGCCCCCGAGCCCCUGCAGGCCCCGGUCCAGGUGCGGUCCCUGUUCCACAAUGACCGGCUCCUGGUCUAUGGACUGAUUCCUCACUGCACCCAGGCAACUUUAUGUGCAUUAGUCCAAGAGAAAGAAUUUUCUACAAUGGUAUCGACAACUGAGCUUCAGAAGACAACAGGAACAAUGAUUCAUAAGCUGACAGCACGAGCCCUGAUCAGAGACUAUGAAGAAGGCAUUCUCCAUGAAGAUGAAACAAAUCACGAGAUGAAAAAGCAGAUUUUAAAAUCUCUGAUCAUUGAACUCAGUAAAGAAAACUCUCUCAUAACACAAUUUACAAGCUUUGUGGCUGUUGAGAAAAGGGAUGGCAAUGAGUUACUGUCUUCUAAUAUUCCAAAUAUUUUGGAACUUAUUGCCAAAGAAGAUGUAGAUCUUCUGCCAUACAUGAGCUGGCAGGAGGAGGAAUCAGAUGCCAGCAUGUCACAGCCUCUUUCAGCUUCCACUAAGUGUAGUGAAGACUUGCAGCUUGACGAUUUUUCUGAAGAAGAACCUCAGUUUUCUAACCUGGAAGUUUCUGAAUAUUCAGAAUUGACUAAAUUAGAUUCCCAACCACUCAAUUUUGCAAUUGAAAAUGUGGAAAAACCACUGGAUUUAUCUGAAAUGGAUUCAUUGAAGCCAAUAAGACAGAGACUAGUAUCGAGGAAAGGCAUUCCAAGGAAAAUGGCUGCCCCAUGUUCAUUCCCUUUCCUAAAAAUCUCUGGUGAUUCUUCUGCUCCCCCUCCUACUACCCCCUUACCUCCUCACAGCAGUCUCUUUGGCUCUGUUGCUAGUCCCCCAUCUAACCAAGGCCCCAAGACUAGAGGUUAUACUGACCUACCCCUCAAGUCUCAUUAUCUUUCAUCUCCCCAGAUCCUACCUUUUGGAUCUUGUGCUAGUCCUGCUUUUUCAUGUCCACUUCCUCCUGCCCCUGUUUUAGCAAGAGCUGCUGGUCUCCCUCCACCUCUCCCUCCUCUUCCAGGAAGUACUUGUCACCUUGCUCCUCCCCCUCCUUUACCAGGAGCUUUUGGUCAGCCUCCUCCUCCCCUUCCUCUUCCUGGAAGUAGUUGUCAGCUUCCUCCUCCCCCACCUCCCCCUCUCCUUCCAGGAGGUAGUUGUCAGCUUCCUCCUCCUCCACCUCCCCCUCCUCUUCCAGGAGCUUUUGGUCACCCUCCUCCUCCCCCUCCUCUUCCAGGAAGUAGUUGUCAGCUUCCUCCUCCCCCACCUCCCCCUCCUUUACCAGGAGCAUCUGGUCUCUCUCCUUCUCCCCCUGCUCUUCCAGGAAGUCUUAUUCUCCCUCCCCCGCCUCCCCCUCCUUUACCAGGAGCUCCUUUCCCCAUUCCCCCUCCCCCUCCUUUACUAGGAAGUGCUGGUUUAUAUGCCUCUCCUAGCCCCAAACAGUCUGAGCUACCUGAAAUUCUCUCUCCUUCUCCCCCUGCUCUUCCAGGAAGUCUUAUUCCCCCUCCCCCUCCUCCCCCUCCUUUACCAGGAGCUCCUUUCCCCAUUCCCCCUCCCCCUCCUUUACUAGGAAGUGCUGGUUUAUAUGCCUCUCCUAGCCCCAAACAGUCUGAGCUACCUGAAAUUCAUCAAGACAGUCCAACCCUGGGUUUUGCUGGUCCUCCUCCUGCAUUGAAUUCUCCCCUGAAGCAGAGUUUUUUCUCCACUCCUCCUAGUCCUGCUCCCCCUCCUCCAGUUGAAGGUCUUAUCCUUCCUUGUUGUGGUCCCCCUGUCCAUCUUUUUGGUGCUGCUCCUCUUCAUUUUCAAAACUCCCCAAUUCCUUUGAAUACUAGUUACAAUCUGCCACCAGAUCCACUAGUGCUUCACAAAGAUCAGUCAGAGGUUUCUCGCCCAUCAAAUAUUUCUGCCACGGCUUCAUCACUAGAUUUUCCCCAAGAUGAUCUUCAGAGUGUCACAAAUCUUCAAAAUUCAUCCAAAAUGGAAAAAAGGUCUAAACAAGUAUGUUACAGAGCCUCUAGAUUCUUCAAAAAGAUGGCAAAAUCUGAUACAAGAAGCGACUUCAUUAUAAGUCAUCAGGCACAAAAAGACAAGGAUGAAAAACUCCAAAGCCAGAGGAAUUUACUGCCUUGGACCAAACUCUUCAGUCUACAAACUGAGGAUGGUUGCUGGAAACUUACACCAGAACUGGGAUUUAUAUUAAAACUUAAUACAAAUAUUUUAAAUGACUUUCUGGACCAAAAGGGCAUUCAAUCUCUAGGUAAAAAAGGAAGAGAAUGUCUUUUGGACCUGAUCGCCACCUUUCUGGUCCUACAAUUUCUUCGCACCCAGUUGGAACAAGAAGGAAUAGUAAUAAAAUCACUGAUGAGAUUGGAUGAAACUUCCAUUUCCAGGAAUAUUCCCUGGAAUUUUGAGAAAAUAAAGAAAGCAAGUGAAUGGGUAAGAAGAACUGAAGGACAGUAUACGUCUAUCUGCCAACGGCUUGAAUUGGGUAAUGAUUGGGAUACGGCCACUAAGCAGCUAUUGGGAAUCCAACCCAUAAACACCACUUCUCCUCUUCACAGAGUUAUUAAUUAAAGUCAAGGCUGAAUCAAAUUAUUUUUUUCUUAAAAUUUUUUCAUGCUUCUAUGUACAAAAUAAUCAACUAUUAAAAGCUACCUAUAAUGAGAUUUAAUUAUGAUUUUAUUCAACGUAGCAAUCACUUUAAAACUAAAUGGAAGCAGAAUUGUUCUAAUGACCUAAGAAGCAAUAAAAUAAAAUUGAUGAU